GAUUUAUACCAGUAAAUGGUAACUUGCGGUUGCAUUGAAGAUAUACUCUGGAGUUCGUGUUAUCUCUUCUUUGAAGUGUAUCGGUCAGGUUCUUUAGAUAUUAGCCAUGCCGAAAGUGAACCGAAGAUGAUACUGUCGCGAACCAUCUAGGUAACUGUAGAGUAUGAUGUAAAACCCUCACGGCCGAAUUUAUAAGAGAAGUUGAGAGUAUAGUGCAGACUUUAUUAACAUAAUGCCGGUCGCGAAACCAAAGUCGAAAACGAAGAAAGAUGACGACGGGAAGGAGAAGAAGAAAGGCGAACCGCCUUCCACACCUAAUCAAGAAAAUGUUAGCCCUGCGACCCAAGAAUGCCGCCAGAUCCUAGUCCUGUACGCCCAGCCACUGGCCAACACGUUGAUGGCCUAUGACAUGGUCAAGCACCUCCUCGAGAAGGUGGUCAUUGACAGCGACAAGGCUCGUCUUAUCAGACGGAUGGGGAAGGGGCAGAACGCCGAGACGAACCGUCAAAUCGUAGCCGAGCUCGGAACGAGAGGGGUUCGGGAGUUUGAGGUGUUUGUCGAAGGCAUUCGAAAGCAAGAGUUCAGUCUCUUGGCAGAUCUUCUAGAGCAAAAACACUUCUCAAGACUUAUAAACAUUUUGGAUCCGGUAGCCAAGAAACUUGGACACCAUUGGAAGAGGGUAGCGUUAGAGUUGGGAACAGGCGGUUUCGUCGUCAAGAUCGAGACCAAGUACGAGAAGGUCCGAGAGCAAGCGCUGUACAGCCUCCUCAUUUGGGAAGAAACGUCUGGAGUUGCGGCUACAGAGAAGAGACUAAUCGAUGCGCUUGACUACUGCGGAAUGAAAUGGGCAAUAGCAUACAUUCGGAAAUUACAAGGAAAGGGCGGCAAGAAAAAGAAAGGCAAGAAGAAAGGGAAAGAUUGUUGAUUGGGUAUAUAUAGGUAAAAAGAAGAAGUAAAACUGCUUAAUCGACGGAAACCUAUACAGCCAGAGUUUCGAACGAACUUGCCAAAGUCGGCCAUAAUGACGUCAUUUCAUCACGCGCCUCUUAUAUUGGGAUGUGGUUCUUAUGUGUGUGCCCAAAGACAUCGUCUUAGUGUGUGAUAACAUUCUUAAAAGACUCGACCACGGUUUCAAUGAGCCUUUAGUGAUCGAAACGAUGGACGUUAUGCCUCUUAAGACGAGCUCAGAUGAUGUUGUUAAUGUAUCAAAGCUUUUAUUUAAUGUAUUUAGUUUUGCAGCAUCGUCAUUGAAUAAAUUAAUGUUUAGUUUCGAAGCACACAAGUUGCUUCUACCGAAGAUAGUUGAUUUCAAGUACUCCAGAUGAUUUUUUUUUUAAAUCGUUAAUGUUUGGAAUGUGACUAUAUGAGACUAAUUUACCGUUUUUGUGGUAAAGUGGGAGUCAAUAUCAGCAUCGUCAUCGGUGAGCAUAAUACCAUUGCCGUCAUCGUCCUCGUCCUCAUCACCCCUCGUCGUCACCGCUGUCCUUUUCGCCACCUUUUUUGCCACCGUCAAUUUAUUGAGAAAAUACCUUUUACAUGAAUGCAACAAAUUUCGAAAAAUGUCAAAGGUCAAUUUCAAUGGCCCAGACCAUCACCUUUAUAAUGUAUGGACAUGUUUAUUCCAAAUGUUAUGUAGUCCUUGACAUUCAGUCGAUAAUGAACAUACAUUACAAAAUAGUCUUCACAAGUUAGACAAAUGCGUUAGGAGGUGUGCUUUUAUUAUGAAAAUUCGUAGAUCUUUGUUGAAAUGAUGAUUGUCAAUUCGGUGGCAAGGGUUUUAUAUGAGUAUACGUGUGUGUACAGUAUAGUUGCAAUCAGAUUUAUGUAAUUAUGAUUUCAAUGCCUUCGAAUACGUGAAUCUGUUUAUUAAUUAUGUAUGGGUGACUCUUAAGGCAGUGCCAUGGCCGAGUGGUUUAAGGCACUUGACGGGAGAUGCGAAGGUCGAGGGUUCGAAUCCCGACACUUCACUAAUAUCCUUUGGCAAAAUUUUAACCAGCACUUGC